GCUGAAGUCGUUUGUCUGGUCUGUCGACGCCAGCACCCGCCGGAGACGAUGAUGUUGGGCACCGAGGGCGGAGAGGGCUUCGUGGUGAAGGUGCGGGGCUUGCCCUGGUCUUGCUCGGCCGACGAAGUGCAGCGGUUCUUCUCUGACUGCAAAAUUCAAAAUGGGGCUCAAGGUAUUCGUUUCAUCUACACCAGAGAAGGCAGACCGAGUGGCGAGGCUUUUGUUGAACUUGAAUCAGAAGAUGAAGUCAAAUUGGCCCUGAAAAAAGACAGAGAAACUAUGGGACACAGAUAUGUUGAAGUAUUCAAGUCAAACAACGUUGAAAUGGAUUGGGUGUUGAAGCAUACUGGUCCAAAUAGUCCUGACACGGCCAAUGAUGGCUUUGUACGGCUUAGAGGACUCCCCUUUGGAUGUAGCAAGGAAGAAAUUGUUCAGUUCUUCUCAGGGUUGGAAAUCGUGCCAAAUGGGAUAACAUUGCCGGUGGACUUCCAGGGGAGGAGUACGGGGGAGGCCUUCGUGCAGUUUGCUUCACAGGAAAUAGCUGAAAAGGCUCUAAAGAAACACAAGGAAAGAAUAGGGCACAGGUAUAUCGAAAUCUUUAAGAGCAGUCGAGCUGAAGUUAGAACUCACUAUGAUCCACCACGAAAGCUUAUGGCCAUGCAGCGGCCAGGUCCCUAUGACAGACCUGGGGCUGGCAGAGGAUAUAACAGCAUUGGCAGGGGAGCUGGCUUUGAAAGGAUGAGGCGUGGUGCUUAUGGUGGAGGUUAUGGAGGCUAUGAUGAUUAUAAUGGCUAUAAUGAUGGCUAUGGAUUUGGGUCAGAUAGAUUUGGAAGAGACCUGAAUUAUUGUUUUUCAGGAAUGUCUGAUCACAGAUAUGGGGAUGGUGGUUCUACUUUCCAGAGCACAACAGGACAUUGUGUACACAUGCGGGGAUUACCUUACAGAGCUACUGAGAAUGACAUUUAUAAUUUCUUUUCACCGCUUAACCCGGUGAGAGUACAUAUUGAAAUUGGUCCUGAUGGCAGAGUAACUGGUGAAGCAGAUGUCGAGUUUGCAACUCAUGAGGACGCUGUGGCAGCUAUGUCAAAAGACAAAGCCAAUAUGCAACACAGAUAUGUAGAACUCUUCUUGAAUUCUACAGCAGGAGCAAGCGGUGGUGCUUACGAACACAGAUAUGUAGAACUCUUCUUGAAUUCUACAGCAGGAGCAAGCGGUGGUGCUUAUGGUAGCCAAAUGAUGGGAGGCAUGGGCUUGUCAAACCAGUCCAGUUAUGGUGGCCCAGCCAGCCAGCAGCUGAGUGGUGGUUAUGGAGGUGGCUAUGGUGGCCAGAGCAGCAUGAGUGGAUAUGGCAGCCAAGGAGCAGUGAACAGCAGCUACUACAGUAGUGGAAGCCGUGCAUCUAUGGGAGUGAACGGAAUGGGAGGGAUGUCUAGCAUGUCCAGUAUGAGUGGUGGAUGGGGAAUGUAAUUGAUCCUGAUCACUGACUCUUGGUCAACAUUUUUUUAAAGAAAAACUUAAGUUUAACAGUUUUGCAAUACAAGCUUGUGAUUUAUCCUUACUCUAAGUGGAAAUCAGGAUUGUUUUAAAAACUUAAGGUUCAGUAUUUUUGAACACAAACAUUCAUCUAGGAUAUAACAACUAAGUUGAGUAAACUAUAACUGUUAAACAAUUUUCAGCUUUUCUCAAGUUAGUUAUAUUGUAGGAUGUACUUAAGCAGUAAGUGUUUUAGGUUAAAGCAGUUGAAUUAUGUUAAAUGUUGCUCUUAUACCACAUUACAUUGAGCACUGUUUGAAUGCAUGUUGAGAGACAUGCUUUUUUGUAAAACUCAAUAUAGGAGCUGUGUCUACAAUUAAAAGUGAAACAUUUGGCAUGUUUGUUAAUUCUAGUUUCAUUUAAUAACCUCUAAGGCACGUAAGUUUAAGCUUUUUUAAGUUAAUGGGGAAAAUUUCAGACGCAAUACCAAUACUUUAGGAUUUCUGGUCUUGGUGUUUGUAUGACAUUCUGAGGCCUUGAUUUAAAUUUCAUUGUAUUGUGAUUUCUUUCUAGGUGUAUUGCGCUAAGUGAAACUUGUCAAAUAAAUCUUCUUUUAAAAACUGCA